AUGUCGUCGGUCAUCAGCAUCCCCGCCGGCCGCCCAGCAGUCGGGCCAGGGUACCACGAUUCUCCAAAGGCCAUGGGCAGCUCGUCGGCGAGCUCCUACUCCAGCUUGUCGUCGCCCUCGUCGCCCUCUUCGACACCCAACGCAAAGAUGCUGCACGCCCGCCGCCCGAGUCUCCUUGGCUCCGCCAUCUCCAAGCAAGAAUGCACCGUCAUCAACAUCGGUGACCCUGAUGGUCCCCCCCGCCUGAUCUCGUAUCUUUCCUCCAGCCAAGGAUUUGCCUGGAACCCAGAAAUCUUUCUGCCCUCCUACGUCGACUGCGACUACAAACCGCUCGAGAACCAAUGCGAACCCGUACACGAAAUCGUGCUCAGCGACGAAGAGUCGAGGGACCUGCUGCCGCAAUAG